CUCGGGUAUAUAUUUAUGUAUUGAUAAAGGUGGCUUUAUUUACUGCUCUGGUUUUUGCUUGAGACUAUACAAAAGCUUGAGUAGCUAUAUUUUAGUGUGUCCCAGCCCUGUGUCCUAGAAGCUGACAAAAAUUCUAAAGCCGACCAGACACUGCGGCCUCUACGCCUGAUAACUAGUUAGGCAAACAUACAUAACAAAAACCAAGCUAAUAUAGCCCACCUGCAGUGGAAUCCGGGACGAAAGACCGCAGACUGACGAGACGACGACUUGUCAGCUGACGCAAAGAAUCAAUAAUUUUGGACGUCAGGCCGGACUGUCAGUCAAGCGUGCAGGAUGCAUGGCAGAGAUCACAACAAGGUGCCCUUUACUCGUCUCGACUGAUCUCUUGUGCAUAACCUCUGUGACACAGUCAUUCAUGACAUUAUGCAAUGGGCGCCUGCAUAUUUGUUGGAUAGGAUAAUUUACUCCCAUCAGAGUGUACACAACAAAGCCGCGUUUUAGAAUUUAUUACUCACCUUCAUAAUCUUGGGUGCAAAAGAUAUCCCAUGGCCCGGCACAUCGUCAGUGACUUAGACAAGUCAAAAUUGAAGAGACCGGCGAUGAAGGAGAAGAAGCAGAGGUGCAAGACCGACAGCCAGGAGAGAUCGAGCACUAGAUGCGACGAGGGCACUUUUGCCAAAUUAUUCGGGUUUAACACGAGUGAUCUCGCUUCCUUUAAAUGUCUCCUCGUCCUUCUUUACCGCCCCACAGAUCCAGCCUCUUUAGGAGUUGUUCGUUGCCUCUUUGGACUGCUAAUGGUAUUUGACAUCCCCGAGGAGCGGGGUUUGGCAAUUGCAGACUUUCGCUGGGGUGAUCCCCUCGAGUGCCGUUUCCCUCUCUUCAAUUUCCUCCCACAGCCUUCUCUUCAGUGCAUGAUCAUGCUAUACAUGGUGAUGUGGCUCGGAGCACUUGGUAUCACAUUGGGAUUUUUCUUUCGCACAAGUUGUGUAGCUUUCGCUAGCACCUAUUGGUACAUUUUCCUGUUGGACAAGUCCUCUUGGAAUAACCACUCCUACCUUUAUGGCUUGCUUGCUAUUUUGUUGCUUCCUUCACAAGCCAAUCUGUACUGCUCACUUGAUUCUUGGCUGUGGCCUAAGAAACAGAAAAUGGCACCACUCUGGAACUACGCCAUCCUGCGCUACCAAUUUUUCUUGCUCUACUUUUUGGCCGGACUGAAGAAGUUUGACUAUGAUUGGUUAAACGGUUACUCCAUGACUUAUCUGGCAAACCACUGGGUUUUUGAGCCCUUCAGGGUGUUCAUGACACCGGCACAAGUUGAUCUGUGGAUAAUACACGUUGGAGGAUUCCUUCUUGAUCUCACAAUUGCAUUUUGGUUGUUCUUCGACAAGACUCGACCCCCUGCGCUCUUGUUCUGCGCUUCUUUUCAUUUAAUGAAUUCUCAGAUAUUUUCUAUAGGAAUGUUCCCGUAUGUCUGCUUGGUGACACUGCCUCUUUUCUGCAAUCCAAGCUGGCCACGAAAAUUGCUCUCCAUGACAACUGUGGGAAAUGACUGUGACAGUUGCACAGAAGAUUCACCGAGUUCUUUGGAGCCAAUCUACAGUCGUGACAAAAAAGCUUUGACUUGGAAGCACUAUUUGGUUUUUUCGUGUCUUGCAACGCAUGUCACUGUACAAGCCGUCCUUCCAUAUUCCCAUUCAGUUACCAAGGGAUUCAACAACUGGACCAGUGGUCUUUACGGCUAUUCCUGGGACAUGAUGGUACAUUCGUGGAAUACAAUCCUCAUCCUUCCCAGGGUUGUAGAUAACGCUUCUGGGAAGGAGAUGUUUUUGGAUCCAGAGGCAUGGGUUCAAAAUGACCGCUGGAGCAAGCACGUUGACAUGGUGCACCAGUGGGCCAAAUGUGUUCAGAGAAAUGUUUACCAGACUCAAGGAAUCACCGACAUUUCAGUACAUCUCGACGUUUGGAGCUCGUUGAAUGGCAGAUUUCAGCAAAGGAUGUAUGAUCCGAGGGUGGAUCUGACAAAAGCUCAAUGGUCCCCGUUUGAAACGCCCUCCUGGAUCAUGCCUUUGCUGACAGAGCUAUCAUACUGGAGAAUUAAGCUGCCAGAGAUAGAAGAAGACAUUUUUAGUUGGUCGAAUCACACCGACGUCUUAUUUGUUGCUGAUUUCCCAGGGCUUUCAAUGGAAAACUUUAUUGCUCAUGGACUUGGAAACGUCAGUCUAACUGUAUUAGAAGGAGAAGUGGAAUUUAUCCAAAACACGCACAAUUCUGAAAGCAAAGUCAUUAGACGUUCAAACUUAAAAGCUGGAGAACACACUAAUGUUAAAGACUCGGCUUUUCAUCACGUGAAAACUGUAUCACACACUCCAUCCUGCUACAUGUAUACGUUUAUCAACAAAACUGCUCAGAAUCUUAAGGAAAAUUAUGAAGACUAUGUACCGAAUUCAGGCCUGAAUGUACUGGGACUGCAUGAUAGCAUGGCUCUGCGAUACAGAAACCUGAAAUUAUCACUGAAGCUAGUUUGGAACGCAUUGUUGCAUACAAUAUUUGGGGUUCCAGUACCACGUAGGGUGAAAAGGGCUUGAAUAAUCGUACUGUAGAAAUCUAUUAUGUGUUCACAAGGAUGUGCCAACUUAUGUAUUUUGCGAAAUUAUUUACUGAUGG